GCAUGGGUAUCCAUGACUAUUCGUUCUGGACCUGGAAGUACAUUAAGGAUAGCCUGAAGGCUCUCUAUACGUAACUGGGGAGAUGAUUGCUCGGCCACUCCUAACAUUCGCGCUGACCCCUUUACUGCACAUGCCUAUUCAUCCGACCCGACAGUGGCCGUGUGGAGAACGUGGCUUGAUAAUGGUGGCGUCAGACGUGUGCAUGCCAGAACCUUAUAUAUGGCACCCUUCAGCGGCACAAGGUCCAGCAAGACAACUCAUGACAUCCGAAGGAUGUCACACCACAGGCGAAGAGAUCUUCAAGAUGUGCUCAAUGGCAAACAUGGGUCUGGGUACGUGGAUCGAGGCUUGAAUGCUUGAUUUCCAUUUAGAUGAGAUGGUCAAGGUCAUCCAGCAAGAAACGCCUUCUGCAAAUAUUCGAACUGCAGUUCUGGAUCUGGGAUCUUUUGGGUAUCCUAAAUCACCCAACCAGUCCAUGGAUCUUCGAGCAGCUUCGUCCCCUUCGUCCCCUUCCUGAGUAGUCA